UCUUCUUUCUCUGGUCGUUCGUGAACAUUUUGCAAGAAUUUAUUUCGCCGCAUUUAAAAACGGCCGCUUAAAAGAAUGCAAUCGUAAAGUUCGGAUUAAAUCAAAAGGCCAAGAGAGUGAUGAACAAUUCGAGUUAUGGUAGAUUCCAAUGGAUACAGCACCACGCCUCCGGCGACGAGACGGAGGCGGAAACCAUAGUCGGAGGCGAUAGGGAACCUACAACUGCUUUUUUGGUAAAUGGCACUGCCCCGGACGAAGAUCUCGAUCACAUGGCGGCCGAAAAUCUAAUUUUCAUGGCACGCGAUGGCCAGCUGGAUGAAAUUAUAGCUGCGAAUGAUGCGGAUUCGGGCGGUGCCGUGCUAGCCUAUGCCUCGGACAAACCUUUUGAUGAUGAAGCCGAGGUGGUCACCGAAGAGGUCAUUACCGAUGACUGGGUCCAACAUCAGGGAGCGGAGAGGGUGGAAAUUGCUGCAGAGCAAAUAGCUGGUACCACAAGUUCCCAAGAGCUAUUGGAUAUGGAGCAGGAUGAAUAUACAGUGCUGCGUCCAUAUCCCUGUGAUUUCUGCAGUCGCCGGUUUCGCAAAAAGGGCAGCCUCAACAAUCAUAUGCAGGCCCAUCAGAACGAUCGGCCGCAUCUCUGCAAACUGUGUGGCGCCCGCUUCUCACGUCGCGGGGAGCUGAUUAGUCAUUUCAAAGCCCAUGCGGAGGCCCAGGAUGCAGCCGAUGCUGAAGCAGCAGCAGCAGCGGCCGCUGCUUCCGCCGCAGCAGUACCGUCUUCGUCGUGUGCAUCAGUAAAGUACGAACAGCAACAGCAACGUCAACUGGAUGAUCACUACUACGAGCAGGAUUGGCCAUUAUAUCAGCAAGAGCAGAAUCAAGAGCAGCAAUGCUUGAUCGUAUCCAGCAGUGAGGUUCCGCAGUUGAUGCAACAAACGAACUAUAUGACCGAAACCAACAGCAAUUUGGCCACACCAGUGGCAUCUGCAUCUCGAGGCAGGAUAAGUCGACUAAAGCCCAAAGAGGAGACCACCCAGUAUAUUGUGAUUACCGAGAGUGUGCAGAAUGAACCGGCUCAGAGCCAGGUGGUGGCCACAUCUACUUUAGUUGAACCGUCAUCAGGCGUUGUGUCCGCCUCAGAUCCUCCUGAACAUCUUCUUAAUUUCCCAGUCCUGGAUGAGGGCAAACCAUUUGUCUGUCAGGAAUGUGGCUUAGCCUUUGCCCGGGAGAAGGCUCUGGUGUCUCAUAUUAAGAAUCACCGCGUGGACUCACCCUUUGAGUGCAACCAGUGCCAGGAAAUGUUCUGGGACAACAACAGCCUGCAGGAGCAUCAGAAGACUCAUCAGUUUGAGGAGAGUAACUCGGAAUACGAUCCGGCUUCGGCGUCAGAUAGUGGCAGCGAGUCGGAACAGGAGGAUCAGCAGCUUUAUGGUGAAUUCUAUUGCAACGAAUGCGGCAUUUCCUUUCACAGGCAGAAUCUGCUACGUCGCCAUGCCAAAGAGCAGCACCACAAGUCCGCCAAUGGAGCGCAUCCAUCAGAGAGCCACCAGCAGGAAUUUGGCGACGCGGAAAAUGCCACGGAAGGCUCUCCGCAUUGUUGUCAUACAUGUGGCAAAGCUUAUCCCAGCGCCCUCGAGCUGCUUGCUCAUGCAGAGAUUCAUGCCCGUUUUCCGCCCUUUAAGUGUGUCCUGUGUGGGAUGAGUUUCUAUGAGGAGCAAGCUAUUAAGCGUCAUUUGCACACCCGCCAUCCCCAAGAACUGAAGCCCAAUUCGUGUGUGUUGUGCGGCAAGGAGUGCCGCGAUAGAAAGGCUCUCAUCAAACACGCCUGGGACCAUUCACGUGAGAAGUGUCACUCCUGCUCCAAAUGCGGCAAAAACUUUCACAACAAAGCCCGACUGAAGCGCCAUAUGGCAUCUCAUAGGGAUAAAUCGGUCGUCUGUGAGGUUUGCCAGGAAGAAUUCCCCGAUGGGCGAACUCUAUCGAAUCAUCGACACUCACACAGCACCACUUCGCCGGGCAAACUGUUUCCCUGUCAUGAGUGUGGAAAAACAUUCGGCUCACGUAGCUCCCAGCAGAUCCACGUACGUAUCCACACGGGGGAACGUCCAUAUGGCUGUCGCUAUUGCUGGAAAGCAUUCGCCGAUGGCGGAACCCUGCGCAAGCAUGAACGCAUUCACACUGGCGAAAAACCCUAUGCCUGUUCGGUCUGUCCACGUGCCUUUAAUCAGCGUGUGGUUCUUCGUGAGCAUAUUCGCUCCCAUCAUUCGGGUCUCGAUGUGACAAAAGGAACCUAUCACUGUACAGUCUGUUCGGCCGACUUACCCUCAUCUAACGAGUUGAUCCAGCAUCUCAUCCAGCAUAGUGACUCGAACACGGCCAAGCAAAGAGCGCCCAUUACUGGUCCACGGAAAUACAAACGGCGCCGCAAGUUACAGCCUCAUGAGAUAGCUCAAAUGCGUGAUGAGCACCAAGAUGUUGAAACUGCCGGCGAUGAUGGUUUAGUCGAAGACGAGGGCGACGAGUAUGCCACUGACAUUGACAUCUGUGACUUUGAUAUGGAGAAUGUGGAUGAUAUCUUUGAUAUGGCUUCAUCUACGCAUACCAACAAAAAAGAAAGACGCAAGAAACCCGUCACAAAGGACUCCAAACCAGUGCGCAAUGGAACCGGGGCCAAGGGGCCGGAUAAAACUACAUCUAAACAGCGCUUUGACUCCAAUAGUAGUCAAUCGGAGCGUAUGUGGGACGAGAAACUUUUGCAGGAUAAUCAAGUGGCCUUCUUUCAAAUUGACUCGCUGGUGGUGGUUAACGAUACCACUCUUGAACCAGCCAGCUCUGUGACUUGUUCCAAUGGUGUGGGGAAUGCGGCAAGGACGCGAAGAGCUGUCAAACAAUCAGCCCAGACCAAACUGCCUGCGCCAGUUGAUAGUAAAACCGAUGUGAUUGCCACUGCCGCAACCUAUGCUUCUUCUGGGAAUACGAAUAGCCGCAGCAAAAAGAAGACUACAAGCAAACCAAGUGCCUCCACCACCUCGCGUCCCCGUAUGAUACACACUGAAAAGACUAAAAUGCCUCGAGCAACGGCCACAGAGAGCUCGAAUGGUGGUGGAGCGGCAGGAGUGAGUACCACUAAAAGGACUCGCGCCAAAACCUAUAUAACGCGCACAGAGACUAACAAUCUGGAUUUGCUUGCGGGAGGUGGCGGCAAUCGUGCCAAACCAAGUUCCACCGCCCCUGGAAAUAUUGUAGACGACUAUGAGAUCAUUUCCCCUGCCACUCAACCUCCUAAUCAGAUAAGUUCCAGCCCGCUGCAUAUAAAGCAAGAACAGGAGCAGCAGCGUGUUCAGAUGAUGUACGACGAUACGCUCCUCAUUGAUGCAGCACUCCUACGUGAGAAGACCUACGAGAAAUACAAUCCCAGCAUUGUUAAUGAUUUGGAGGAGAUUCUUCGGUCACCACUUAAAAACGAUCGCAACACAAGUCGCCUGCGUUUCACCAGUGAAUCCUCUACAACUCCACAGUUCCUGCCCGGUGAGGAGCAAAACCUCAUUAAAAUUGAACCAACUUCACCCGAUCUACGUGAAAUGGUUGAGGGCCAACAGCGGAUGACAAAUUGUAAUAUUGCCACGCCCACAACAUCCUCAUCAUCGUCGUCAACAGCAGCAUCCAAUUCCCGGCACUUGCGUCAACUUACAGCCAACAGUCAGAGGACAGCAGGCAGCAAACGACCUAGCAGCAGCACCAGCACCUCCAGCAAAGCUGCAUCCACAACUGCCUCAACGAGUUCCGCCAAGAAACCCGCUACUUCCUCAUCCACGGUGGCCUCCAGCAAGGUCACCAGAAACACAGUCAGCAAUUCCUAUCUAAGCUAUGGAGUUGGGGUAGAUGCCUAUAAUGUGAAUGUACCUGCCAAUGCCAGCACUGCCGAUGUGAAUUCUGGUUUCUUCUCCAUCUCCGAAGUUGUCUCCGCUGCCGAGACAGCCGAUGCGGCAGCCAAAGAAGCGGCUGCCGGCAAAACGGAGCGAAAGACGCGAAGCUUUGAAUGUGAAAUGUGUUCGGCCAUAUUCUAUGAUCGAGCCCAAUUGCUGGACCAUGUUCACAUUCACAUUUAGAAGAAGGCUACAAGCAUUUCAAAUGGAACAAAAAAGAUUGGCACACCAGGGUAUUUGGCGCUUCGAAUUAGCUAUACGAAUGGCAUUAAAUCUAGUUCUCCCAAAUGAUGAUAAAUGCCUCAACACUUUCUCAUGGCAAACCUUGUAUUUUUUUGAAAAGAAACAUUAAUCUAAAAAUUAUUUACCAUAUACAUAUAUAUCUUAUAUGAAGGUAUAUAUAUAAAAUUGAACUAAUUUCACAUUUCUAACUGUGUAUAGAUGUUAUCAAAGGUUGGGGUACUUCUUGAUGUUGUACCAUCAAGUCCUGAUCGUUGAUUUAUGCGUUAUUUAAAUUGGAUACUACAUAUAUAAGAGAGCUAAGAGUUAUUAAGGCUUUUUCAAUUUGUACCUCAGCUUUUGUUUUUGAUUGAAGAAUAAGAAUUGGUAUAUUGAAUUAAUAAAUAAAUAUCAUCUAA